AACACAAAACACAGCAAAAACGACACCUAUUUUCUUCAUAUUUAAAAAAAAUAGACUUGUUCCAAUGCGAAAAAAUGUUAUUUUAAAUAUUACAUGUUACAUCAAAAAAAAAAUUCAGCGCCGAUGUAUAAGCGAUAAACAUUUACUUAAUUUAUUCGCAUAAACACCGAUUAAUCACGAUGAACUUUAACUGUGUAAAUGGAUCACUGUCACAUUCAACGUUAACGAAAUAUGUUAAUUAAUUCCGCAAACUCUAAUUCUUUCGACCAGAAUAAAUUUUAUCUAAUUGUAUCUAAUUUAAAACAGUCGCUUGACAACCGAUGACAUUUACAGUGACAGUACAUAUCAAAAAGGGCCAAUAAAUUUCUUACUGGUUACAAGCCUGUAUAGUCAAAGGCCAUUUUGACAUUGACAAGAAUGACACGUGAAAUCUUCUAUUCCUCUUUUCGUAAUUACAUUUACUGGGAAACCAAACCAGCCAAACGUCAAAUCAAGGCUAACCUCACUUUUAUUUAUACUAUUAUGGAGAGAAAUGGAAAGAUUAGUAAAAGUGUUGAAUGUAGGUGUAUUAGAUUAUACCAAAGGUUUAAAGCUACAAAAAUACUUGGCUAGUCUUCACAAUAAAACAAUAGGAAUAAACAAUACUCUGCUGUGUGUUGAACAUCCACCCGUCUACACAACAGGAAUACGAAACAAACAAUACACAGAAGAUGAUGUAAACAAACUAAAAGCCAAAGGCGCGGCAUUCCAUCGAACGAACAGAGGCGGCUUGAUCACAUUCCACGGACCCGGACAACUCGUAGUGUACCCCAUAUUGAACUUGAAACACUUCAAACCGAGCAUACGAUGGUACGUUAGCAGCAUCGAAGACACCGUCAUCGAAUUAUGCAAGAAAUUCGAUUUGAACGCGACAAAGUCUCCGCACACCGGCGUUUGGAUCGGAGACAAGAAGAUUUGUGCGAUCGGCGUCCACGGCAGCCGGUUCAUCACGACGCACGGGCUGGCCCUUAACUGUUCCACCGAUUUGAACUGGUUCGAUCACAUCGUACCGUGCGGAAUCGAAGGCAAGGGCGUGACGAGCCUCACCGAGGCCACCGGCGAGCUCGUAACGAUCGAUGAAACCCUUCCGGAGUUCCUCGAGUGCUUCAAACUGGUGUUCGAUUGCGAAUUUCAAAGUGCCGGGCCGGACGAACGGAACGCGAUUUUAGAAAGAAUUUAAAAGGUAACGUUUAUUGUACAAAAUAAAAAAUAUUAGAUUUCUAAGGAUAAAGCGUUAGUCGAAGCGGUAACAAUUCUCAAAAAAAGAAACAAUGUUUUAAAAUGUGCUUAAUACUAGUAAACCAAAGAUUUGUUAAUUUCCGUAGAAAAAUAAUAUAGAUACCUUAAAAAAAACAGCAAGAGGUUCAUAUUUUGUAACUUUUUAUGAUACGGAUGAAGCUGGAUAAACGACUAAACCUAGGUUGACUAAGGUACUACUUUAAGUAGAGUUUUUUUUUGGCUUUCUAAGGCUCUACCUUAUCCGGUUAAACCCACGUUGAGCCCUUUAUCUAACUUUCCCCAGUAACAUAUAAUAUACUAUAAUUAUUAUUUUACUUAAGCUGAGGUAAU